AUGAGCAGCCAGCCCAGACGCCGGCGGCCCUCAGAGGACGGGGGCUGCCCUGCGCCCUUUUCCCCGGGCCGCCGCUUCUCCCGGCUCCCACUCCCUCCUCAGAGCCGGCCGCCCUUCCGCCCCGAGCACCAUCCCCCGCCCCCGCUCCGCGCUCCUCAGCAGCGGAGCGGCGCCGGGGACGGUAGCGGCGCCCUCCCGCUCCGCUCCGGCCUCCGUCGGGCGGCGCCCGGAGGGGCAGGCGAAGCCGGCGCGGGGAGGGGUCGCCCCUUCCCACCGCCCCGGGAGGAAGUGACAUGGCGGCGGCGGCGGGGAGGGAAGGCGAGGGGCGCCCUGUUCUUCCCGGAGCCGCCCGGCGGGUGGAGCCUGGCGGCCCCGCCCGAGCCGGCCGCCUCCCGGCGCGUGCAAACUAGUGGCAGUUGGUGCGGCUCGGCAGCCGCCCCGCCGCCCGCCCGCUCCCGGCGCCUCAGCGCGGCACGCAUGCCAAGGCCCGGCGGCGCCAGGUACGUGCUCUUCCCCUGGCGACCAGCGAGCUCCUCAGGUGUACGGCCGCCCUUCUCUAGCCGGCGUGCCGCCCCAUUUGGAAAAACAGACAAACCCCAACACAACCGCCCCCCCCGGCGUGCUAUAGCGGCGAGGCGAGGGGCCGGCAGCCGCCGGCGGGGUGUGCGAGCGAGGCGAGGCGGGGCGGGAGGCGGGCUGCGGACAGAAGUUCCCUGA